UCACGACGCGAGUGGUUGUCAAUUGUAAAAUGUAACAGUGAAUACGUCCGUAUUCCCGUUAAAUUCAUUGUUCGUGUGUAACCAACCAAAUUAAUUAUUAAAUAUUGUUAGCACGCGGUGAUAUUGUUUGUUAUAGUAGUGGGUACAGAAUUACGAUUAAUAAAACGAAGGUGAAUAACGAACCGUUUGUUACAAAACUAAGGCUUUAGCGGUAUUUUCAUAAGGUGUGUCGUUGUAAUUUGAAAUACCUAGUGAGUGAACCUUGUGCAUUCACGUGAAAACAAGUGUUAUGUUACUCGCAUUUGAAUGCACUGUAUGAUGAUGUUAUUUUAUAUAAAGUUGUUUUAAAAGUUUGUUGCAUACUCGAAUGAACAGCGUGUGAUUUCUCAGUGAAUGCUCGUCCGGCAAACAUGAGUGGAGCGUCAUCUGUACACCUGUACAGAUCCUGAUGCCGUCUAGAAGGUUCUACGAGUUUGGCUGAGAUGCAGUCAUGGCCAGGGGCAAAACACUAUACUCAUUGGCGGUUGUCAUACUUGGGUUUAUGUGCUUUGUGGUCGGUGCCAUAGCUGUCGGCUUGCCCACUUGGGGCUAUUUUUAUAGCUAUGACUCUGACAUAGCACUCUCCCUGCAGUCAUAUUAUUUGGAGAAUCCAAACUUCGACCAAGGAUACUUCGGACCAUGGCGUGUUUGCAAGAAACUUUUGUACAACAGGGAGAAAUGUGGCACAGACGUGUCGAAGUUUCGACCGACCACGGCGGUGUACCUAGCCGGUGUGGUGGGUGCGAUAGGGGUGUCAGUUCUCGGCGUAUUCUGCGUGCUAUCCGUGCUGCAGCUGGCCAUGAUCUCGUCCAAGGAGAAGGUGGGCUUCAAGUACACCCACCUGGUUAUGAUGAAGUUGGCGCUCGCGUUGCUGGCGACGCUCCUGUCAAUCGCUGCAGCCGGCCUGUUCGCAGUACAAGGCGAUGACAGAGGAUUUUAUCUGACUAGGGGAGAAGCUUUUUAUGUACAGAUAGUAUGCAUCGUGAUAAAUUCCCUCCUAUUCAUAAUGUCGUUAUACGACACGUUAUUCUCGAGGCGAGAAGGCGGCGACCCGACCAUCCCGAUCGGCGAACCGACAGCAACUACUAUAAAUAAUCCAGGUUUUAAGGAAGGAAGAGGCAUAUCAAUGACAGACGCAUCGGGCAAGCCGUAUUCCACAAACGGGCACGGCUCCGUGGCCUCAAUGAACACGACGGCGACAACCCUCACAGGGCUGUCAGACGCGAGCACAAUAACAAGAUCACCGUUACGGUCCUCGCUGAAGAAGCCAAAAGCACAAGGCGGUCUGGGCAUACAAAACCCGGGGUAUUCUGGCAGCUCGCCACCGUUAAAUCGGAACGGUAGCCAGAAAAAGGUCAGGAUACAAACGCAUAGUACGGAAGUGUAGUUUUACAAGGUAUUUAUCAGCUAGGUAUAGACAAAUGUCUGGGUAUACACCGUUGACGUACAAUAAAUAAAUGGAUUCACAAUCGCGCUAAAAACUGUCAGAAGUAUAACUGUCGCAGGUCUGCCAGAAGCAAAACUGUCACAGGUCUGUCAAAAGCAAAACUGUCAGAAGCAAAAUUGACACAGGUCUGUCAGAAGCAAAACUGUCACAGGUCUGUCAGAAGCUAAACUGUCACAGGUCCGUCAGAAGUAAAACUGUCACAGGUAUGUCAGAAGCAAAUUUGUCAUAAGUCUAUCAGAAGCAAGACUGCCACAGGUCUAUCAAAAGCACAACUGUCACUGUAAAAUUUUUAGAUAUGUAUUUCCCGUUUUAUUACAAAAAAAUUGUUGUUAUUUGAUUUUGAAUCUUAUUUUAAAUCGGAACAAUGUCGAUAAUAGUGUGCUGCGCCGGCCCUAAGUAUAUUAUUUGUACCAUGAAGAACAUAAUAUUAUGUAAAUGUAGAUCAUAUAAAAAAGAUGACUGUGAGAGACUUAUGUUUAUUGUAUGUCAAUGUGUAUGUUAAUUUGUUUUUACGAAUUUUGUUUAUUGAUAUUCAGGUAUUUAGAUAGACAAUUGUUGUGCGUAUAACUGUAUAAGAAUUGUUUACAAGUUCUGCCAUUUUAUGUUGUGUAUGUUUUAUGUAUUUGUAAGGAAAGAGUAAUAUUAUUUUCAAGUAUGCAAUAAUUUUUGGGUUGAUAAAAAUUCUGAUGUAUUGCUUCAUUUUGUGUAUUUUCAUUGAAAUAUUUGAAUAUAACAAGUAUAUGGAAAGUAACGAACAAAAUCAAACACUGUAUAUUAGUAACAUUGUUUGAUAUUACGAAUAAUAUGAGACUCAUCCGAUUCAGAUUUAAGCAAUUAAUAACAAUUUGACAGUUUAUAUGGAACUUUAUUGUCGAAAAAUAAAGUAUUAAUAGGAAUCGAUUUUUUUACAUAAUAUGCGGUCUCAUUUUGAAUUUUAAUUCAGUGUUUAAUUUCUUGGACUACAGAGUAAAAAUGUUAGAAAUAAAGUAGUGUAUGUAUGAAUUUAAAAAUGCACACAUUUUUUUAACAAAA